GCACUGUUUAAGAAACACUACUGAUAUUUCUAAACAACACCUCUCAUCUGUGAAGAUGAAUAAUGGAGUUAGAUAGCAUUUAUCAGAAUAUUGAACAUGAAGAUGUAAAGGACACACGUGGACCUCAAAUACAGAGUCAAAGCCAGGAUGAAGGACAAAAGCAAAAGCAAAGAGGAAGUAGAUGUUUGGUGUUGAUGACAGUGUGUCUCGGGCUCAUUUGUGUUCUUCUGCUGGUCUUCAUCAUAGUGCAGCACAUCUCCAUCACAGCAGAGAGAGAAUCUCUGUUCAAGAGUUACAAAAACUUACAGGACAAUUACACUGAUCUAACACUGAAGAACCUGGACUUAGAAACUGAACUAAGGAAGUUAUACGAACAAGGCAAAGGCAGGUUUUUCAUAUCCAGUGAGAGGAAGAGCUGGUCUGACAGCAGGCAGUACUGCAGGGCUCAUGGUGGUGAUCUGGUCAUUAUCAACACUGAACAGAAGCAGAGGUGCAUAUCUUCUUUAGUCAAAGACUUUGUGUGGAUUGGUUUGACUGACAUUGAGAAGGAGGGCAACAUGAAAUGGGUGGAUAAUUCACCACUGAAGCAAGGGUACUGGGAAGAAAAUGAGCCGAAUAAUGCUGGUGGAGAAGACUGUAUUGAACUGGAUCCUGCAAAACCCGUCCUGAACAACUGGAAUGACAUCCCAUGCUCAGAGAUGACAAAAUGUGUUUGUGAGAAUUUCACAUCCGUUCCUGCAUCUUCAUGAUGGUUAAUAAUGCUUUGACUUUGAUUUUUCAGCUUUAUUAUUUUAAUUGCAUAAUUUCUGAUGGUGCCUGUCAGCAAAACCUGUCACCAAAUAAUUCUAACAAACUUUAUGCUUUCAUGUUUUUGUUCAUUUUAUGUAAUUUCCAGAAUUAAGAGUAGCUAUUGAGCUUUAAUCCAUUAGAAGAAAAUAAUAAAACAGCCAUACAUAAUAUCCUGUUUCUCAUAUUUUUCUAAAAUAUAGAUGGUCUGUGGAUUAACUGAAUUUUUUCCACUGUUUAUGGAAACAGUGUAGUCACAUUUCUGAUAAUGUGUGUCUGGGAAAUUUUCUCUUUGAAUAAAAUGUUCAAUUGUCA